AUGGAGGAGGGACGGAAGUCGGAACCGGCGGCGUUCGGUUUCCCGGCGCCAGUGCAGCCGGGGUUCACGCGCGUGGGGUGGAUCGGCAUCGGCGUCAUGGGCGGCGCCAUGGCCAAGCGCCUCCUCGCGGCCGGGUACGCGGUCACCGCGUACGCUCGCACGCCGUCCAAGGCGGAGGGCCUCGUCGCCGCGGGCGCGAGCCUCGCGGACUCGCCGCGCACCGUGGCCGCCGCGUCCGACGUGGUGUUCACCAUGGUCGCGAACCCCGGCGACGUCCGCGCGGUGGUCCUGGACGCCGCCACGGGGGCGCUCGCGGGCCUCCGCCGCGGCGGGGUGCUGGUGGACUGCACGAGCUCGUCCCCGUCCCUGGCGCGCGAGGUCGCCGCGGGCGCGGGCGCGGCGGGGUGUCACGCCGUCGACGCACCGGUAUCCGGGGGCGACGUCGGCGCCCGCGACGGCACGCUGGCCGUCUUCGCCGGCGGCGACGAGGCCGUGGUCGCCUGGCUCGACCCGCUCUUCGCCCACCUCGGCAAGGUGACCCACAUGGGCGCGCCCGGCAGCGGCCAGAGCAGCAAGAUCGCCAACCAGAUCACGGUGGCCGGCGCCGUGGUGGGCCUCGGCGAGUCCGUGGCCUUCGCCCGCGCGGCGGGGCUCGACGCGCCGCUGUUCCUCGGCGCCGUGUCCAAGGGCGCGGCCGGGUCGCGCAUCAUGGACAUCUUCGGCGAACGCUUGCUCCGCCGCGAGUUCGCGUCCGGGGGCAGCGUGCGGUACAUCGUCAAGGACCUCGGCAUGGCGCUCGAGGUCGGGGACGGCGGGGAGGAGGCCAACGUGCUGCCUGGAGCCGCGCUGUAUCGGCAGAUGUUCUCGGCGAUGGUGGCCAAUGGCGACGGCGACUUGAGCUUGCAGGGACUGAUCACCGUCGUUGAGCACCUCAACGGCAUUGGCAAGUAG